GUAAAAUCCCAAUAAGCCCGAGACGCAAAAUCCCAAUUGAAGCUCACAGCUUCCAUUAUCUGAUUUUGGCUUUCUUUCUCUGUCUUAUUUUGGUCUGGCGAGCAAUUAUGCUUCUGUAGUCAGCGAUGGUUCUCACACACGGUCGUCUAUGCCACGCCACCAACUUCUUCGAUUCAUUCCAUACUUCCUUCUCUGAGUUCAAUGGCUCUCGCGUCUUAUUGAAGUACGGUUCGUCGAUUGUCUUCAGAAAACGCUCUUUCUGCGCUCCACACGAUGCUUUUACGAUCGAUACAUUUUCCAGUCGAAGCACACGAAAACCCAUUUCCGGAUAUAAUUUGAGGAGGAAUCUAUGUCGUGCUAGUUGGAUAGAUAGGUGGAACGAAACCACGAAACAGAGCCGCCCAAAACCCCCUCGCGCCGUGCUGGAUUAUCCAAGUAGUGACAACGAAGAAGUUUCAAGUUCAAAUUUGUCAAGAAGUUACAGAGGUAGUAAUCGAAUUGAGGAUGAUGGACGAGGAGGAAGUACAAUGGAGAAGAUUGUGAGAAAAUUGAAGAAAUUUGGAUACAUCGACGAAGAAAACAAAGAGAAGGGGCCUGAGAGCGCCAUUGAAAAGGGGUCGGUGGAGGACAUAUUUUAUGUUGAGGAAGGAAUGUUGCCUAAUACUCGAGGUGGGUUUUCCAAGGAAUUGCCUCUGGGAGUUGAGAAUGUGUUUGGAAGUAAUGGGGAGGAGGUUAGGUUUCCAUGGGAGAAGCCAAAAAAGGAAGAUGAAGAUGGGGUUUCAGCUAGGAUAAGAAGCAGGACAUCCUUGGCAGAAUUAACUCUUCCUGAAUCAGAGUUGAGAAGGCUGAGGAACUUGACAUUUCAGAAGAAGCACAAGAUGAAGAUAGGCGGUGGAGGAGUGACUCAAGCUGUUGUGGAUGUCAUUCAUGAGAAAUGGAAAGCGUCAGAGAUUGUGAGGCUUAAAAUUGAAGGUCCUCCUGCUCUUAACAUGAAAAGGAUGCACGAGAUAUUGGAGAGAAAAACUGGUGGACUGGUUAUUUGGAGGUCGGGAACUUCUUUAUCUCUAUACCGAGGUGUAAGCUAUGAGCUUCCUGAUGCACCACAACUUAACAAACGGAUUUACAAGAGAAAUGAGAAUACCCCUUUGCCUGAAACUGGUGUAAGUACUAUAGUUCCUUCCAAAUCUUCUUCUCACAGCAACGUACAUGAACCACAACCAAAGAGAGCAGUGAAUUCCACAGUUGGUGGACAAUGCAGUGAACAAUUGACAGAAUUGCAAAUGAAUUAUGAGGAUGAAGUAGACAAAUUACUGGAUAGUUUGGGUCCAAGAUACACAGACUGGCCGGGAUUGGAUCCUCUACCAGUUGAUGCAGAUUUGCUCCCGGGAAUUGUUCCCGAUUACAAACCUCCAUUUAGAAUACUACCCUAUGGAGUGAGAUCUUCUCUUGGAGUUAAUGAAGCUACAGCCUUAAGAAGACUUGCCAGGAAACUUCCUCCUCAUUUUGCUCUAGGUAGAAAUAGGCAGCUCCAAGGUUUAGCUGUUGCAAUGGCUAAAUUGUGGGAGCGAAGUUCAAUUGCAAAAGUUGCACUGAAACGAGGUGUGCAGCUGACUACUAGUGAAAGAAUGGCCGAAGAGAUCAAGAAAUUGACGGGGGGCAUUCUUUUGUCAAGAAACAAAGACUUUCUGGUCUUCUAUAGAGGAAAGAAUUUUUUGUCACCUGAGGUCACUGAAGCUUUGUUAGAAAGGGAGAGAUUGGCAAAGUCUCUGCAAGAUGAAGAAGAACAAGCAAGGUUGAAAGCAUCGGCCUUGGUGGUACCUGGCAUUGAGAAAACAGAACAAUCUGGAACUGCUGGUUCUCUUGAGGAAACGCUGGAUGCCGAUGCUAAAUGGGGAAAGCCUCUGGAUGACCAGCACAAGGAACAAGUAAUGAGGGAAGCCGAAUGGUUGAGGCACACCAACCUUGUUAGGAAGUUGGAACACAAGCUUGCUUUUGCUGAAAGGAAGUUGGUGAAAGCUGAACAUGCCUUAUCUAAGGUGGAAGCGUUCUUAACACCAGCAAAGCUGCAGGCUGAACCUGAUAGCAUAACUGAGGAAGAAAGGUUCAUGUUUCGUAAGCUCGGUUUAAAAAUGAAAGCUUUCUUGCUUCUAGGUAGGCGUGAAGUUUUUGAUGGCACAGUGGAGAACAUGCACUUGCACUGGAAAUAUCGUGAAUUGGUCAAGAUCAUGAUAAAAGCUAAUUCGUUUGAACAUGUCAAAAAAAUUGCAUUACAACUGGAAGCCGAGAGUGGGGGCGUCUUAGUUUCUAUUGACAAAGUCUCCAAAUCAUAUGCUAUAAUCGUAUUCCGAGGAAAGGACUACCAACGACCUUCUUUGCUGAGACCCAAGAAUCUUUUGACUAAGAGGAAGGCUCUGGCACGGUCGAUUGAGCUCCAAAGGCACGAGGCCUUUCUGAAACAUAUAUCAGCACUGCAAAGUAGAGUGGACAAGCUAAGAUCUGAAAUCGAACAAAUGGAGACGGUGAAAGACCGAGGGGACGAAGUAUUAUACGAGACACUGGAUUCUGCUUAUCCUACUGACAAUGAUUCCGAGGAAGAAGAUUAUGAUGCAUAUACCAAGGCAUAUGGCCGGGACAGUGAUGCAGAAAAUGAAGAGGAUAUCAUGGCCAGGGACGAUUACCUGGAAGGGGAUGAUUUUUCACAUGGAAUCCAAGUGCAAGAAUCUGAAGACGAAUACUAGAUAGCUGAAUCACAUCGUGUAUAAAAAUGUCGAACAUGUCACGGUCAACGAAGAAGCAGGAAACAAGAUAAACAGGGAUGGAGGUUGUAAGUGUUUAUAAGAGUUGAGAGUAGUUAACUAGGAUUAUGUUCAGUGUGAGCUGAGGUCGUGUAAAUAAAACCACAACCAUUAUUCCGUCUCAUACCGCAGAAAUCCCAAUUUUUUUUUUUUUUUGAAAUAGAACAAGCGUAAGAAAAUUAAAGAAUGUAAUCCAGACACUCUAACUCAAGUUCACUAUUCAACUCUCCUGGCCAAUCCUCAAUCCAGAUGCCAUGAUCUUGAAACCAAAGAACUCUCUGAGCAAGUAUGUGCGCUACUCUGUUGCCGUCUCUUUUCAUGAAGGCUGUAGGAUGCUUGAAUGACUGUAACCACUUCCAUUUUGACAGUUUGAACAAUAUUUCCGGUUUCUGACAAAUCCUCCACCUCAUGAACGAAAAGGUUGAAGAUUCUGGCAGAGUCCGUUUCCAGCUGCACUGGAUCUCCAACGCCAACCGUAGGCCCUCCGAAGCCGCUAAGGCCUCUGCAUCAUCGACCGACUGAACAUGCUCUAGGUAUUUCGUAGCAGAAGCCAUCACUUGGCCUCUAAAAUUUCUGAUACCCCUUCAAUCGAUGGAAGCCAACGAGUUUCUCUAGGAGGAUGGUCCCUUGAUAGAUGAUUAGAAUUUGCUGUUCGAAAAGCUGUGAUAGAUCAUUGGUUGUCCUGUCCAAAUCCAGAUUAAAAGCCUUGUACCCAAAACUAAGAAGGUGAGAGAACUUAGAGUGGAGCCCAUGAAAUCUAACAUGGCUAUAGGGAGCCUAUCCAAACAUAAACCCAAAUAAAAACUUUGAUUUUGUUGGGAAUCUUCA